AUGCAUAGAUUUUUUAAAAGAAAAACUCCAGAACCAGAAGAACAAAAUAUUGGAGAUGUUACAGUUAGAGAAGUUGAUUUUUCACAAUUACCGGCAGAUCCUGGACUAAGGAUUCCAAUUUGUUCUUAUAAUGCUAACAUUAGGGAUCAAGUUCGAAGGAUAUAUUUGCAAAAGGGCCCAUGUCAACCUUCAGGUUAUGAAUUCUCAAAACGAAAAUUUGGAGUAAGCCAAUUUAGACGGUUUAAUCCUUCAUGGUUUAAGGAAUUUGGUGAUUGGUUGGAAUAUAGUAUAGAAAAAGAUGCGGCAUAUUGUUUGUAUUGUUAUCUCUUCAAGACAACUAAGGGAAAACAAGCAGGAGGAGAGACUUUUGUUAGCGAAGGAUUCACAAAUUGGAAGGGUAAAGAUAGAUUAAAUAUUCAUGUUGGCCAACAUGAUAGUGAACAUCAUAAAGCUCGAAUGAAUUGUGAAGCUUUGAUGAAUCAAGAUGAGCACAUUCAAUCAAUUUUACACAAACAGUCAAAGCAAAUGCGAAAUGAUUAUCGUAUCCGUCUCAAUGCUUCGAUUGAUUGUAUUAGAGUUUUGUUGCGACAAGGGAAUUCAUUUCGAGGUCAUGAUGAGACUGAAAGUUCUCUUAAUCCGAGUAACUUUCUUAUUCUACUGGAGUUUUUAUGUGCUCAUAAUAAAGAGAUUAAUUAUGUGAUAUUGAAAAAUGCCCCCAAAAAUUGCAAGUUAACAUCACUGGAUAUUCAGAAGGAUAUAGUAAGGGCUUGUGCAACUGAAACAAUUAAUGUUAUUAUCAAAGAUAUUGGUAAUUCAUUAUUCUCUAUUUUAGUUGAUGAAUCUCGUGAUGUGUCAAUGAAGGAGCAAAUGUCAGUUGUUUUGCGCUAUGUGGAUAGUAGUGGGCAUGUAAAUGAGCGUUUUAUUGGAAUUGAACAUGUUACUAGUACUACAGCACUCUCACUUAAAGCUGCUAUUGAUAAGAUGUUCUCUAAAUAUAAUUUGAGCAUAGCUAAUAUGAGAGGACAAGGUUUUGAUGGAGCAAGUAAUAUGCAAGGUAAAUUUAAUGGUCUAAAAGCACUCAUUUUAAAGGAGAACCCAUGUGCAUUUUAUAUACAUUGUUUUGCCCAUCAGCUUCAACUAGCUCUUAUAGCUGUGGCCAAGAAAAAUCUUCCGAUUUCUAAUUUCUUUCGUAUUGUUGGUGAUGUGGUAAAUGUUGUUGGAUCAUCCUGCAAACGUUCUGAUCUUCUUAAGGAGAAACAUUCAGAUUUUAUUGUUGAGACAAUGGAGAGGGGUGAAAUUUCAAGUGGUUGA